AUGGCCGUCGGAAACAAGGUCUUCGCUCCGGCGAUCUUCUUCAUCGCCGCCAGGGAGGCUCUCGAGGCCUCUCUCGUCAUCGGCAUCCUCUCGGGUAUGCUCGAGAACCUCGUCAUGCACACAAAGUCCGCCGAAGAUCUGCGCGACGAGGCCUCGCUCACCGACCACGAGCGCGAACAGGCCGAUCUGAAGCGCCGUACCAUCGUUCGAAAGCUUCGCAAAGUCGUUCUGCUCGGUGCUUUGACAGGUCUGCUCAUUGCCUUUGCUAUCGGUGCCGCCUUCCUGGCUGUCUUCUACACGCAGGUCAACGAUCUGUACGGCAAGGCAGAGGAGCUUUGGGAGGGUAUCUUUAACCUCGUCGCCGUGCUCCUCAUCACGCCCAUGUCGCUCGCCAUCCUCCGCGCCGGUAACAGCAAGCGCAAGUGGAAGCGCAAGCUCGAGAGUGCCUUCAACGACCGCCACAUCCAGCCCGCCCGUCUGCGCGACGAGGAGGGCGAGUCCACCGCCGUCAACCGCGGCAUCUCCUCGAACGACACCGCUUCCUCUUCCUCAUCAUCGGCGCGUCGUGCUGCCAACGCUAGCGGCGACGACGAGGCGCACCCCAAGACCACCGCCACCGAGAAGCUCAACCCGCUCGAGGCGGUCGAUGUCGUGCCCACCAUGUCUCAGAGCGCCCAGGCAUCGCGUCCGCGUCGAGGUCUGCGUGGUCUCUUCUCCAAGCCUUCCGGUGCGGUCAGCGAUCUCAAGCUCAGGAUGAACCGCGGUACGCUGGCGCUCUUCACCAUCCCGCUCAUCACCACGCUUCGUGAGGGUCUGGAGGGUGUCGUGUUCAUCGGCGGUGUCUCGCUCGGUCUUCCCGCUACCUCGAUCCCUCUCCCGGCCAUCGUCGGACUCGGCGUGGGUCUUCUGAUCGGCUACCUCAUCUUCCGCUCGGGCAACGUGCUGUCCGUUCGCAUCUUCCUCGUCGGUUCCACUUGCUUCCUCCUGCUCAUCGCCUCGGGCAUGGCCAGUCGCGCAGUAUACUAUCUUCAGUUUUAUGCCUAUGUGCGUCUGGUCGGAGACUCGGCCGCCGAGUCGGGCGAUGGUCCCGGCUCGUACAACUCGCAGGGUUACAUCUGGCACCUCAACUGCUGCAACCCCGAGGCCAACAAGGGCGGUAGUGGUUGGGGUAUCCUCAACUCGCUCGUCGGCUGGAACAACACCGCCACCUACGGCUCGGUGUUCAUGUACAUUGGAUACUGGUUCGCCGUGGCUGGCUAUCUGUGGUACCAGAUCUGGAGGGAGGGUCGUCUGGCGCUUCGAUGGAACGGCAACACCGUCUGGGAGUCGCAGCGUGCCAUCCGCAUGCGCGAGGCAAAGCAGCUCAAGCUCCAGAACCGUCUCCAGGCCUCGCAGGUCGUCACCGAUGAAAAAGUCGCUCAACCAGGCCCCUCCUCCCUCCCCCACUGA